AUGACCCGGCCCCGAUUUGUGCGAGCCGAUACCCUCGACCUCCAAGGCCACAAAACCACUUCCGCGAAAGGUCAUUCAAAGAAUGCUGGCCACCAGGAGCAAAAUAUUCGCCACGCUGAUGAAGACUCGCGAUCGGAGACAAUGCAUGCGCCUGGGCCGGAAGGACAGCGCCGGGAAGCCGACGACCACCCUGAUGGCAUCGACAUAUAUGACGAUGACGAUGACGAUGACGAUGACGAUGAUCUAGACGGUGAAUUGGGACAACACCGUGGCGACUCAGAAGGUGAAUUGGCUGAUGGAGAGAGCGAUGAUCUACUGGAUGAUGAUUUAAUGGACAAGAUAUCGAGCUCUCCAUCGAUUGAUGACGAGGAUAUUGACUUCGAGUUUGUUUACGCGCUUCACAAAUUCGUCGCAACCGUUGAUGGCCAAGCCAAUGCAGCAAAAGGCGACACAAUGGUUUUGCUGGACGAUAGCAAUAGCUACUGGUGGCUGGUCCGAAUUGUUAAAGACGGAAGCAUCGGAUAUUUGCCUGCCGAGCAUAUUGAAACCCCAACUGAAAGACUUGCUAGAUUGAAUAAACAUAGAAAUGUCGAUCUUUCUGCAACCAUGCUAGGGGACAACUCGGAGAAAUCGAUGAACCCGCUAAAGAAAGCCAUGCGCCGCAAAAACGCCAAAACUGUUACCUUUACUAGCCCGACCUACAUCGAAGCUUCCGAUCUUGAGUAUUCUACUGACGAUGAUCUGGAUGAUGCGGCUUCCUUCAAUGAUGAAGAUGUAUCGCGGGGCGAUGUGGAUGAAUCACAAGAUGGUCAAAGUGAAGAGAUUGUGGUUGAGCCUCUUAGACCGAAGUCCCAACGGGACAAGGACUCGGAUGAGGUCGAGGAAACAGACGAAGCGCAAGAGCCUGGACGGACUAGUCCGGAAAAACAGCCGUCUAGUCAGGAGUUACCUGAUUCUGAAAGCGAGAACAACGUCAGCCGAUCGAGGAACGGUACCGUCCGAAACACAGAUUCAUUUUUCAAAGAUGACACCGUCGAGACGAAGAAAAUAUCCCUUACACCAAAUCUUCUCCGCGACGAAGUUAAUAACGGUGCUGUGGUGACCGAUAUAAAGGAGGGCCGCGGAAGCUUAGAAACUAUCGACAAAGGGCUCACCGCAACCGACCGAGGUAAAGAGGAUAAAAAGCGUAAGGAUAAAAAGCCUGGGAUGCUCAGCGGUUUGUUUAAGAGAAAGGAUAAGAAAACCAGGGCAACUGAAGAUGACGGCGAAGACUCUGAAAAGGUAUCUGGUGAUAUAUCUCGAACCUCACCUCAACCAAAGACGUCAUCAGAGUCCUUGUCCUCUCCAGAUUCCCGGGCACCCAAGCCACUGGCUGUACAGAGACAGUCUAGCAAGCUUCAGAAGCAGCCCCCGACAGUCACGUCUCCCACAAAGCCAAGUUUUAAGCAUGAUCCAGCCAUGCAAGAGCCUGCUGAAGACGCCAAAGAAUCAGCACCAGUGGAGAAACAAAAGGGAGAUCAGACAAUACGACAAGUGGUACCUGAAGAUGAUGCCGCACAGUCUCCUGUCACACAGUCUUAUCAAGAAAACAUUAGGGCAGUGUCGCCCCCCACUGGCCCAUCAAGUCCUGUCAAGAAACCUAGUUCCAGCCAACCCAACUUUGUGGAUGUUGUGGAAUCACCGAUUGAACUUUCUGGACCAAGGCAGGAUUUGUCUAUCCGGGUAGCGGAUGUACCUCAUUCUGUGACCUCUCCACCACAAAAAUUUUCACCCGGACAGAACACGGGUCUCCGAGACCAGCGUUCGGAUUCACCGGCUGCCGUGUCCCCAUUGGAAGGCCAAGCUUUGUCUAAUGCACCAGCAUUGACAACAGAUCUACCGUCACCCGAGGGACAUUCAUACUCUCCGGUGUCUCCUCCUGUGUCUCCUGGCCCGAAUGGCAGCAAAUCUAUGGACGCAUUUUCCCCCUCGCCAUUUGAGAUGUUGUCUGGUGGGACCCCAUCCUGGAGUGAUGCCAAUUUGCGAUCGUACCUCGAUGAUGACAAUGAUAUCCGCGAUCUGUUCUACAUUGUCCAUGAUAACUCUAACGUUCCACCUGCUGGCCCUGAUCACCCUAUAACCGGGAGUUUGUUUAAGGAAGAGAGCAAGAGGCUAAAGGAGAUGAGGGCCCAGCUGGAUACAAUGUUAACGGAAUGGGUCGGUCGGAGGAUACAGAGUUCGGUUAGCAAAUAA